GGUCUCCUUUAAAUACCGCUCAACGACCUUGGGAAAACUUUGACGUUCUAAGGCCCUUUGUCAAACAAAUUCAACCUGUCUCAUGGAAUCAGAGUUUACAUGUCAAUGACAAGUUGAAUGUACUGUGUAAUGAAUAGAAGUAAAUUAAUAUGGCAGGGACACAGUAAAUAGAUCGAUGUUUUAAAUAAUCGUCUUCCUGUAAUUUGUAAGCAAGCUGAUAUGAUUUAUACCAAAGGGCCCAAACGGGAAUAACUGAACAUUGUGAUUCAAAUACAAGACUAAGUUUGACGAAAGAGUCGAGAGCCUGUGGGCAGGGACAAUGGAUGGAUUAUAUCGGGAUCGACAUACACAAAAAAAUAAACCUCCACUUUCAGUUUAUAUUACUUUGCAUGGGUAUUUAUUUCCUGGAUUUUUUUUGGUGAUUACUCAUUAUUGUGAAACACUAGUAAUACAAGAUAUGAUAUGUCGUAUGUAGUUAUGUUACAGGUUACAACAGAUUCAUGUGAAGAAAACGGGAUUUCUGACAGACAUUUGUAACAGAUGGUCAUUGCUAUUCAUUGCCAUUGGUAUUCAAACAUAACAGACUUUGAUCACAAGAAAAAAAUAAAGAUAUGCAUGAAAAAAGUAAAGUAAAGUAGAAACUGCACUAUCAAGACUGGAGCAACUAUGUCAAAUAUGUCGAAAACCCAGCUGCUUAAUAGUGAUGCCAGUACAACCACGACUUCUACAAAUUCACACACAGAAUCAGUGCCAGGUGGAUCAGCUGAGACGGGCCCUAGUGAUGUCUCCUCCACUCACACCCAGGUGACAAACCUGACAUCCACAACACUGAGUCCUCCUUCCUCCUCUUCCUCUUCUCCUGAGGUGAUGGUUUCUCCUCCGAUCAUCUCCAGCGCUGCUCUAGACAGUCAGCCAGUGCAGCAGAACUUGACUCAGAUCAGUGUGUCUUGUCAGUCUGUGGUGGUCCAUGUACAAAUUGAGCUACACGAUGGCACAGUUUAUGUAGUCAACUCAAAUGAUGAUUCAAAAGUUGUGGAGGAUCUGUGUAUUUACCUUCUGAGGAAACAUUUCCCAAAGAUGGGACCUGCAGCAGUGCAGCUUUUUGGUCUGGCUUCUGUAGACAAGAAACGAAUACCAAAGAUGUUAUGGGUGAAUCCUUGUAUUACUAUGGGAGAGCUGAAGAAACAGUUAAGUUCACCCACUGCUAACGCUAAACACAUUUUCUAUCUGAGAAUACGAUAUGUUCCGGGGAGAAAGUUUGUGAACAAUUUGCCUGUUCUAGGCCAGGAUCUUCUGAAAUAUUUAUACCUACAGUGCAAGGAUGACUUUGUGAAGAGUCGGCUUAGUGAUAUCUAUGAACAGGAUAUAAAGAAUGAGGCAAAAGCCCGAGGUUAUGGUGUUCUCGGCAUUGUCAUUGCCAGUAAAAUGGAAGAUAAAGACUUUGUUGAAGUCCUGAACAAACAGAAACUUGAUCCUUUCUUGCCAUCCCACCUGAUUGCGAAGUUUUGGAGAGGAGUUCAGCUGAAGAAGAAGAUGAAAACGAAGACAGAGGAGUUUUUAUCGCAGCAUUGUAACACUUCUGUAGAGGAACUCUGGUUGGGAUGCAUCAAGGAUAUUUUGAAUGAGGUACAGAGUUAUGGUGUGGAAAGAUACGAGGCCAAACAAGUAUCAGGAAGCUUGCGCCCCGUACAGCUCACGCUCGACGUACAACAACAUGAAGAAAAUGGCAGCACUCAGUACAAAGGGCUCUUUAUUCAUAAUGAAUUUUUUUCUUCGAUAGACAAUUUCCGAGCCAUUCACAUAUCGCCUAAUCAUGCUGAUCAGAAAAAAUCAUGGAACGUACACCUGGACAGAUCCAAUGGUUGCCCUGAGGUGUUGAGAUUUGAGAGUAAAGCUGUGGCUGAAUCCUUUGUCUCCGGCAUCAAUGGCUACUACCGCCUAAUUACAGACUACUACAUGAACCUAUACCAACAGAUGGAGCUUCCAUCCCUACAGGAAAUCAACAAGCUUAAGUGCCAUGGUCCAAUCGAAACAAACACAGCAGUCCGCAAGCUGAAAACGAAAUACUUGUCUGAGGAGUAUUACAUACUGAAACAGAGUAUGUUAGUAUUUGAUCAGUUGGCUAUACUGUUCUGUAAUGCUGGACAGACCAGAAAAAGACUGAUCGAUCGAAGAAAGAACCAAUACUGUUUGGAGGGGGAGCCAGAGGAAAUGUUCAAAGACAUCAACUCCAUCAUCAAAUACAUGUCUGAUAACCGCAACCUCCUUCCAAAACGCCCAGUCAAGGUUAAACCCCAGCAAGAACCUGUUGAUGUUUUGAGAAAACUUUUUGUGGAAGAAAUCAUACCGGAUGAAGAGGAAGAAACAGCCUUAAACAAUCAGAAAAGGAAACCCAAUCUCAUCCUUCCAGAGGAUAUUCAGGUCAAAGAACCCACAGUAUGUGGAAGUUUCACUGAAGUUUUAACGUGUGACCUUGAUAGUGGCACAGUUUAUGCAGCAAAGCGAUUACGGCAGACCUCCAGUGACCAGAUGUUUCGUUGUUAUGAGCAUUUUCAGCAUGCAGUUCAGCAGUUGAUUAGGAUGGAGGAUCCAAAAUUUUUUGUGCGUGUCCAUGGACUGGUCUUGUCCAACCCUCCUAUGUUGGUCAUGGAAAGGGCCCAGCAUGGUUCCUUGGCAACCUUUUUCAGGAAGAGGCAGUCAAACCAACCAAUCAAACCUUUUCAUCUAUUGAAUGCAGCAAGUCAGAUGGCACAUGGAAUGCUUUAUUUAAAUGAGAAACAGUUAGUACAUGGGAACCUGUGUUGCCGUAAUUUGCUUGUCUUCCGAUAUGAAAUUGAUGACAUUCUGGUCAAGAUUGGGGAUCCAGGAAUGGUCAAUCUCUUGAACACUCUGGAUUUAUUGAAUCCUCAGAACAGGCAUAGAUUGCUAUAUUUGGCACCUGAAUUGUAUACAGACUAUCAGAAAUGGGUGCUGAAUCCAAAUGUUUCAAAAAUGACAACUCAGUCAGAUGUGUUUGCAUUUGGGACAACCCUUUGGGAGAUGUUUGCUGAUGGACACAAUCCAGUGGAAACACCAAGAUUUUCCAACUUAAGCAGUGAAAAGGUUUUACAAGCAAUUUUCAACAAAAAGCUUGAUCCUCCCCCUAGUUUGAAUGAAAACAUAGAAUGGAAGCAAAAAUUGAGGAAUUUGAUGUCCUCUUGCUGGAAACCUGUAGAUGACCGCCCAGAUCCUAAACUUCUUCUGAGAGACCUCCGAGCUCAAGUGGCAGAUUUAGAGUCUUCAUCUUCAAGAGACCAAGGCAAUUCAUCUAUCAAUAAAAAGCUCAUUCAAGAUGACAACUUCCAGGUGAUAGGAAGUAAUGGCGACAAUGUCCCAGAUCUCAUUAGCAGUACCCAAGAAUCACAGACUUGGUGGCCUGUAAAGGAUACUAUGUCACCAUCAACAGAACCCACCCUCGAUCCACCCUCGUUUCUCUUUCCAACAAAUUCAGCUGCUACAAACAGGGAUGCCAACAGGGCCUCAGACUCUGUCAUCAAUCGAUCACUUCCAAACCUUCCCUUAGAUCUCAAGUACAUCAUAAGCUCUCGGAGACUCAGUAUUCGGGAAAAUAAAAUUGGGGCUGGACAUUAUGGUGUUGUGAAACGAGGCUUGCUGUAUGCCAGUCCUGAAGACAGAUCCAAUCCUCUGGAGAUUGCUGCUAAAGAAUUGAAGGGAGAUUUCCAGAAUGUUAUAGACAGCACAGAAUUCAAGGAAGAGGCAAUAUUGAUGUCCAAACUGGAACAUGCUAAUGUGGUCAAGUUCUUGGGAAUCAGUGACAACAUGUUAAUUCUGGAAUACGUAGAAAAUGGGGCCUUAAACAUGUAUCUAAGAAAAUUCCGCAAGCGGGAUGAAUUGCUUCCGGAAUGGAGACUAAUUAAGAUGAUCACUGAUGUUGCACAGGGAAUGGCUUACCUUGCCAAUAUGAGGGUGAUUCACUGUGACUUGGCUGGCAGAAAUGUCCUUCUGACGAACACUCUAGUGGCCAAAAUCACCGACUUUGGUCUAGCCAAGAUUCUAAAGGCAGACAAGGACUACUAUACUAGGUCCUCUGGCAAAGAACUUCCUCUGAUGUGGUGUUCACCAGAGAGCAUAGCCUAUUGGAAAUUUACGACAAAAGGCGAUAUCUGGAGCUACGGUAUUUUGAUCUGGGAGGUGUUCACUCACGCCAAAGCCCCCAUAUUGUGUAACAAUUUCUCCAAGAAGGGAUACCAGAAACUGAUGGAAGGAAAACGCCUGAAAAAAACUACACACUGUCCAGUAGUGGUGUAUAAAUUCAUGAAGAAAUGUUGGGAAUUUAGGCCCGAAGACCGACCCGAUUUCAACGAGGCUUGUGAAUAUUGCAGAAAAUUCAGUGAAGAGUACCCGGAACCAAAAGAAGAGGUCCAUAAAUCGCCACAUCCCCAAGAGCCCCUCCCACCGGUACCUCCUGUGCCCAUAGAGCUCACUGAUACUGGAACUGACCCUCAUCAUCGUCCCUCAGGUAUUCUCGGCACAGACCAACAGACAGGCAGGCCGGGUAUUCCAAUUAUGGCCAAUUUACCACCAUCAGAAGAUCUGAAAUACAUGAUCAAUACGAAUCACAUCAAGCUGGGGGAGGAAGUGAUUGGAAAGGGACACUUUGGAUAUGUAAAACAGGGCGAAUAUUCACCAAAGGGAAAGGAAAGCAUAAAGAUUGCUGUCAAAGUCUUCAAAAAUCCACAUUCCAAGAAAAUUGAGAUGGAGAUGGUGAAGGAAGUAGAUGUAUUGGGAACAUUGGAACAUCCUCAUAUCGUCAAGUUCUACGGAUUUACCAAAAAACCAGAUCUAAUGAUGAUCAUGGAGUAUGUGGAGAAUGGUUCUCUGAGAAGCUAUCUGGAACAAACUAGGGCUAAGAAGAGCUGGGUACCAGAUUCCAGACUGAUUGCCAUAGUGAUAGAUAUCACCAAGGGCAUGGAGUAUCUGACCGAUAUGAAAGUAUUCCAUUGUGACUUGGCAGCAAGAAACAUUCUUCUUACAAAGGAUUACACUGCUAAAAUUGCAGAUUUCGGACUCUCCAAACUGAUGACGUCAGACAAAGACUAUUACACGAGGAAAGGGCAGGAGGUCAUACCUUUACAAUGGUGUGCUCCAGAAGUCAUAGGGAAAACGAAGUACUCCUCCAAGACGGAUGUGUGGAGUUUUGGUGUGGUGAUGUGGGAGUGUUUCAGUCAAGGAGAAGUCCCCAGACUGUGUUCUGUAGAGAAGGAAGAAUUAAAGACAAUAACGUUCUUCUACCUGGAGAAAGGAGGUCGACUUGAGAAGCCAGACGGGUGUCACGAAGAAGUGUAUGGCUUGAUGAAAAAGUGCUGGGAGUGGGAAGCUGAAAAGCGACCUCCAUUUUAUCAAAUCCAUCAGCAGUGUCUAAAACUACAAGAAAUUUUGGGCAAGGACUAGUAUAAACUAAAUAUAUAGCCCUUGGAAGAAAUUUGCACCAAGAUGGAGGUUGUACCUCAAAAUGCAGAUAAAAUAACGGAUAUAUGCAACAAGAAAUUUAACUUUCAUUGAAGUUUUGUCACCAAUAGCUACCAACGUUCUCCUAGGCUGCUAUAGACCAUAACCUAUUUUUUAUUCAAAAGGAAUAUGAAUCCUCUUUAAUGGAAUGUUGGUCAUGAUAAAAUAUGCAAGUAUAAUACAAUAGAAUUACUUUAAAAGUUUUAAAAUAAUGAUGAGGAAUUUACCUGGUAGACGUGGUGUAAGUAACAUGUAGGACCUAUACAAUUUUGUUUACCGAGAUAAAAUUCAUUGUUAAAAGGUGGCGUUUUGCUAUUUUUGAUCAUGUUGUUUUGAAUAUAUUUGAUACUGUUUCCAGAGUUUUGUGCUAAUUCAUUAAUUUGAUGGUUUGUACUGGUAUUUUUUUCUUCUUGUUUUUGCCCACAUAAUCAGAGAUUCAGGGGCAUAAAGUUUUUGGUCUGUUUGUCUGUAAAAACUUAACCUUGUCCAUAACUUUUGAAUGGAUGGUGAUAGAACUUUCAUAUUCCUUGUAACAAGAUCUUUCUUUAGGUUACAAAUUCUUUUACCUCAUGACCUUGACUUAAGAGUUUGGUCUAGUUUUGAAAAACUUUUGAUUGGUUAGUGAUCGGGCUUUCCUAUUUCACAUGUGUAUUCCUUGUGACAAGACCUUUCUUUGGGUACCAGAAUUACUCUGCUGCCAUAUAGGGGGCAUCAGUGUUUCACAAACACAUCUUGUUUCUUUUUGUAAGCCUGUUGGAGGAUGGGACAUAUUAUGGUAUGGUGAUCAGAUCUUUCCAUCUGUCCCACAUCAUCAAAUGGUCAGUUGUUGCAACUUAGGUCGAAGGUGUGUCACAAUCUACAUCAAGGUCACUCACUGUGACCUAGAUUAUAAUGAUGUGGCCAUAUAUGGCAUAACCCUUUUUGGUCAAGGUCACUGUGACCUAUAAUUAUGAUGAUGUGACCAUGUAUAGCAUAACCCUUUUGGGGGCCUAUGUAGAUUUUGAGUCGUUGACUCGAUCAACAAACUUUGUCAAUUUAUACAUCCUUAGAGAUAUGUAAAUUGCAGCUUGAAAUCAGGUCAUUAAAAACUUUUAAAUUUUGGUAAUCAUUGGAAAUGAAUAUUUCAAGGGAGUUACUGUGGAUUUACAGUAAGUGUAAACGAGACAUAUCGGCAAGUACAUGACGUGCUUCAGAUAGUUCAUUUGGAAAGUCCCCGAGUGAUUUUAAAGAGCGCUUUUGAUAGGUCGGUUAAAUUAUAGGUAGGCGGUCCCAAGUAUUUGGCAUUAUAUUAUCUCGUGCCUAACAAGUGUAAGUUUCACUAUUUGAUUUCAGUGUAAGUUGCACCGUACGUAACGUGAGAUUCAAUAUUGGUUUUGAUUUGACAAGGGAGAUUUGAAAUUACGUUAGUAAAAUGUCUUGUAAAGUUUAUCUUAUAAAUACUAUAUCUACAUGUAUAAAAGUGAUGGGAUAUCUUAUAAAGAAAAAAAAUAUAAGAUGUGGUAUAAAAGAUACAAGAUAUCUCGUAAACUUUAGAAGAUAUAACUUUUAUCAGAUACCUUAAAAAAAAUUAUCUUUUAAACAGGAAUAACCGUGUUAUACUUAUAAUCCAUCGCAGUAUCAAUAGGUAUGGGAGGGGGAAUACAGGGUGAAAAAGGCGAGCUCCGAUAUGUAAAGAAAAGGCAGGAUAGCAAUAUCCCAGAAUUCAAAUAGUGCUGAAUAUUGAAAAGAAAGAAAAAAAUGACGGGAUCGAUAAUGCUGCAGGAAAAGGCAGGAUCCACAGUUGCCUCUAUAUCCCAAUAAAAUUGAAAGGUUACUCCCUUAAAUUCCUGUAGAUACUUGUCAGUUUUAAGUGAUCAGAAAUUUCAGUACAUGUUUCUAUAGGCGAUUUUGUCCGUUUAAGAACAAUGCUUUUGUUUUGUUGUCUCUUUCACAUUCGCAGUUUCCAUAUCGUUAUUUUAAAAUAAAUCUCUCGGAGGAUAUUUUCGAAAUCUUGCAAAGCAUUGGAAAAGAUCGAUGUCGGAAAAAUUUCUGAAUUCAAAUAGUUAGGGGGAAGAGGGGGUAAAAACUCGUUAGUUUCUGUCAUCCGACAUCGAUUACACGUUAGUGGGGUAAAUUUAAAACCACAUAAUACAUUUUAAUAAAUGUUUAAUAGUUUCAAUGUACACUGUCAUUUGUUUUACUUGUUAAUCGAUUAGUUUCAACAUACUUCAUAUUUAGUUUUGUAUUGGGGGGGGGGGGGGGGGUGUCUUGGUGAGAACUAUGCGAACUCAGUUUUCUCUAACAUUGAACAUUUGAUCUCGCCCCUAAAAUAAUUUGUCAGAUUAAGUAAUAAGAUCAAUAGAUAUUCUACUUCGAGAAAACAUUUAUUUUCAACACAUGGCAUGCUUUGAUGUCUUUUACUGUUAUAUAUACCCACAUUUUCGUAAGAAAUUCGUAAGUAACCAUCGCUAGAUACUGUUAAUUGAAUGAACAAAGGCAAGUUCUAUGAAUUCUAGCAAAAACUAAAUUCCCCAAACCAUCCCUCUCCUGUUCAUGUAACACAUUAUUAAAGAAGUUCAGCAUUUCGUUAGCAUUAGACGCGCCUUCUAUAACGUCAUAAUAAACCACAGCAAAGGUUGAUAUGUUGCGAUACUGGCGUACCUUUGAACCUAUAUCACUGGUCCACCCCUUACUGCAUGUCCAUAGGAGUUUGAAAUUUUAUCUAUCUAUCUAUCUAUCUAUCUAUAUAUAUAUAUAUAUAUAUAUAGUCUCUUCUUCGGAAGUAAAAUACAGAAAAAACUCUAAACACUUUGUUGAAAUAUUUCGACCGUGUUACCGGUCUCCUUCACGAAAACACGACUGAAAAAGACCGGUAACACGGUCGAAAUAUUUCAACAGUGUUUAGAGCUCUCUCUCUCUCUCUCUCUCUCUCUCUAUAUAUAUAUAUAUAUAACUGACUCGGCCUAAAUUGCAAUAAAAUCAGUAGCAAAGAAGUUUUCAACACUUCGUUCGUGUUCAGACCACAGGGGCUCGUCACGAAUUGGCCCUCUCUAUUCUAUAUUUACAUUUAUUUGUAAAUAUAGAAUAGACGAUGUCAAAUUUUAAAAAGACAGGUAUUUCGUGACGAGUCCCUGUGUUCAGACGAAAUAUGCUUCUCUUGGAUUUUCUUUGCAGUUUCUUGAAAGUAAUUUCCCUAAAAAUUUCUCGCAGCUCUACAAAUUAAAGAUACCUACGGUACAUUGUCAGGGGUACAAAUAUUUCUUCUUAAUAAAUUUUGUCUGAUUUAUCUAUUAAUAUACACUUGAUUUCUUUUUAAUUUCAUACUCGAUAAACAAAGGUACAUCCGGUGUGAGCUUCGUUGGCGACAUUUUCGGUGCAAGAGUUUUGGUAUUGGUUUUCCCUUUUCGCAGUCUCUUCCAUCGUGCUAAAAGAUUAUGUAAUGACACGCUAGUGUAAAGACACGUGUGACCAUCUAAGAUUAUUUUUAUUCCCGCCCCUUUAAAGCUGUAUGGUCCGAAUUACAAUAUUUUUUUCUCCAUCUCGUAAAAACGCUAUUAAAUCAUCGCACGUAUGUAGUUAUGAGACUAUACGACCUAUCAUAGAUUAUUUCACCUGUUUUAACCCAAAUAAUUUGAUUUUAAAUCGAUGUUUACAAAUAACCGCGUCACUCUGCCAUUUCAAGUGACAGUCACGUUACCAGUUCAAACUUUCAGAUCAUCGGUGGUCUUAUUUUUGUAAAGCUGUGUAUUUUGUUAUAGCAGUACCGUACCAUAAGUUUAAUAGAAAUAAAAAUAUCAAAUGCUUCUUAGUAAUUCGUUGUUUUACGCUCUUUCAGCCUUAAAACUAGACAUUUGCGUAUGAGUUAAUACAUCAUGUUGGGAUUCCCCUGACGCGCGUGGGUCUAUUUAUAGACGUCUAUUAUGGGAUGAUUUAUAUAUGUAGCCACUAUAUUUACUUUCUAAAUAAUAUUCGCACUGUUUUCUUUUACAUGCAGAUGUUUUGAAGCAUGUAAUUAAGGGAAAGUUAAUAACUUUAUAAAGCAAUUAAUCUGCUUUAAAAUAAUUAUGUACAAAAAUAAUACUUGAACAUCGGGUCAUACAGCUUUAAAUAUUGGUCCAAUCGCAGUGAUUGUUCUUUCCUUGAUGCGUCAUCAUUGACAGAUUUGUUUUGAAACCAACUAUCCGAGACCUCGAAUGAACUUGAGAAGCUGAGUCGUUCACACUUACUGUAAAUUCACAGUAAUCCAGAAGAGAGUAUUGCAGUAUUUGUUGAUGUAAUAAUUAUUGAACAGGGUGUUCAAUAAUUAUUACAUCAACAAAUACACAAUUUUUUCAUAAAAUAUGUAGCUACAUAACAAUUCUAAAUAUGAAUAUUUAUUUCAAACAUUAAUUGUAUAAAUAUAUGCAGGAUUGUACUACAACAUUUGCACAGACUUAACAAGCACAUCACACAACAGAUAGAGGAAUUGUUUCACGAAAAUAAUGAUUUAAGUUUCAAGGAGUUCAGUUGGAUAGAAAGAUAAUUUUGAUUUGAGCCAAAUUCCAUCUAUCCAAUAAAAAUUUGAUUUGUCCCAUAAGAGCAAUGGUGUUCCAAAGAGUUCAGCUGAACAACCAAAUUGCAUCUGUUCAGUUAAAAAUCCAUAGAUGGGUAUAAUGUAAGAAGGCUGUGUUAAUAGUUUGUCACUCCUUUAAUUUUAGGGCAUUUCUUAGUACAACUCAAAAUUGUUAGUAAUUGUAUCAUGUGACAGAAAUCUAAAUACAUGUAAUAAAAUGAAAUAGGUUUUGAAAUGUAGUUAUUUGAACAAUUCAAAGAUAUAUAUUAAGUCAGUUGUUGUACCAAGGUUAACAAGAUUUUUAGUGUUAAAUCUAGGAUCUAGAGAGGACACACAUAUCAUAUGUUCAAAAGGGCAUGUUUCGUCGCAAGAAGAAAAUUUCGGGGCACUUUCAUUGUAUCAUACUAUGAUAGUAAUAGAAUGAUCAUUUAGCCUCUUUAAAAGUUAAUACCUGCUGCCUUGAUUUUAAACUUUUCAAUCAACCUUGUGAAAUAAAGAACAAUUCUUUAUUAUUAACAGAUAUUUUUUAAAAAAUUUAUAGAGAAAAAAGGGCAUGGCGCGGUUAAAAAGGGCAUGGUGCCAGCCAAAAAGGGCAUGGCGCAGCGCCAUGCUAGUUUGCUUUAGAUUUAACACUAAUUUUGUCCCAGGUACACUCAUCUGUUUAUGAUUAUGAUUUUGAUUGACAGGUGUAUCAUGUGCCGCGGUGGUGCACUUGAUUAUUAAAAUGAUGUGAAUAAUCUCACUUGGUACAUGUGUGCACUAAAUGUUUUAUUAUAGGGCAAUACAUUCAUUAUGAUUGUGAAUUUCUGAAGAGAUGUGGGUUUUUUUUAAAAGAUAAAAAAGAUUUCAGGUGUAUAGUAUAUGUUGGCAUUUAGAUAUUUUAUAAUAUUGUUACUGGAUUACAUAUAUAUAUUAAUAAAGAUGUGUCAGUGAUCUAUAUUAAUAAAGAAGUGUCAGUGAUC